GACUCUCACGUAUGCGACGCUGCGUCUUCCUCGCUGUCCUCCUCUUCCUCCUCUUCCUCCUCGUGUCGCAUGCGCUGCGUCAUCUGCCACCGCGGCUUCAACUCCCGCAGCAACCUGCGCUCGCACAUGCGCAUCCACACCCUGGACAAGCCCUUCGUGUGCCGCUUCUGCAGCCGCCGCUUCAGCCAGUCCUCCACGCUGCGCAACCACGUGCGUCUGCACACCGGCGAGCGCCCGUACAAGUGCACCGUCUGCCAGAGCGCCUACUCGCAGCUGGCCGGCCUGCGUGCGCAUCAGAAGAGUGCGCGACACAGACCCGCAGGAUCGAACCCGGAGCCUCGGCCCGCUCCGCACCCUGCACUGCUGCGCCACGUCCCCACCAUGACAAACACUGAAGAUUCAUAA